AUGGUUAAGUGGCUGUUGUUAGUGAUAUUAACUGUGGUAGAGGCAAAAUUGAAUGAUCAGCAUGACGUCUGUCCAGAACAGAUUUUCUUAUCCAACAAGUCUAGUGCACAAAAAUGGAUACCCGAUAAAAUGAAUGCAAUAAUUGAGAACAAUAAUUCUUCGAAGUCUAACACUAUUUCACAAACGUUGAAAUUUUCUCAUUUGAAAAGUGUCAAUGAUAUAACUGAUGAUUUAUACUACGCGAUGCCACCGCUAUUCCAGUUGGACGAUUAUGACGCGUGCCUGGGUAGGAAUGGCACUUUUUGCCUGGGUUCCUUUUACUUAUCCGCACCUAAUGACAACCAACUUUACAGACUUCUACAGUGGGUUUCUUCCAAUACGAGAUAUCGGUUCAACCAUACACAGCUGCAUCGAGGAUUGUGUCUGAGCUCGAGCUGCAUCGACGUUUCUAACACGCCAAUGUCCCCCAAACAGCAAUUCCAGCAGUGCGUUAAUAACAUCACAAGGUCUCAAUAUGGCUUAGAAGCUUCCAUGCUACGCCUGGAUUACUGCAAGGACGCGCAGACACCCCCGAGCGUACCGCGUGAUGUUGCCGACGAUAUUUUCUUAGCUCUCUUCAUCGCGCUGCUUGCGGCAAAUGUACUCGGAACCAUGUACGAUAUUUUUAGGGAUAAGACAAACAAAGGCAACCAGCUACUACUAUCGUGGUCUCUUAUUAGCAAUUACAAGAACUUCACUCAUAUUUACCCCAACGAAGACACCAUCGUGUCCCGGUUCAACUCCAUACAUGGUAUAAAAUCAUUUAUCCUGCUAUUAAUAAUGAUGGCUCAUUCAGCAAUAGCGAUACAUAUUGCAUACCUUUACAACACUAAAGCACCAGAAUCGAUGAGGCGGAAUUCAGCAUUCAUGAUUCUGAUGAACGGCAGCCAGGGCGUGCAAACAUACAUCGUGCUAUCCAGUUUUAUCUUCGUCCAUCAUUUCCUACUCCUGGGUGGGCAAUACACGAAGCGAUCUCCUGUCCUCAUAUUCUUUGUUCUGGUGCUACGACGCAUUGUUAGGUCUGCUAUAUAUAAAUUUAUAAUAAAAAUUGCAUUUGCCGACGGCACGAUGUGGAUUCCGAUUAUGGAGAAGGAAGCUCAGGUCUGCCGGAUGAAGUGGUGGUCCCACGCGCUCUUCAUAAAUAACUUUUACCGCCCUGACGAUCGCUGUCUGAUACAAACGUGGUUCCUUGCAGUAGACAUGCAGCUGUAUGCACUAUCAAUCGUGCUGGCAAUUGCACUGACCCGUUGGACAAAAGUCGUGAUCAAAAUUAUACCAUUAUUGUUUUUGGUCACUAUACUUUGUAACUUCGUCGUUGCCUACACUUUCAAUUUAAAGGCUAGCUUGUAUUUGACUAAUCCUGAAUAUUUGAAGAAACUACAUUAUGGCAUGCCGUCUUUUAAAUGGAUGUAUGCCGCACCGUGGGCCAGCCUUCCCGCUUCUCUACUAGGAAUAGCGACGGCUUACCUGUACUACGAAAUGCGCAAUAAUAAAAUCGACUUACACAAGUAUAAGUGGUUUAAAAUAGUAUAUCGAGCGUCAGUGCCGGGUUUUUUUGGAUGGAUCUACGCUGGAUAUUUUCUACCUGAUGAGCCCAGUCGUUUAGUAUCUGCGUUUUACGCAGCAUUCGAUAGACCUAUCACAUGUAUUAUCUUUUGUAUAGUACUGUUGGGUUUUAUCUACCGCAUUGAUAAUAUCUAUUGGCGCGCCAUGUCUUGGAGUGGUUGGCAGUUGUUAGGUCGCAUGUCACUUUGCGUUCUUAUGGUACACUGGACUUUUAACCUUAUGCAGAUUGCGUUACAAACUAAUGUCAACGAGGUAUCUGUUUUGAAAUAUUUAGGUCACUGGCUCGUGACGGUUUUAAUGACAUAUUUGACGUCUAUACCGCUCCAUUUACUGGUCGAGAUGCCGGUACAAAAAUUUCUACGAGCUUCUCUAGGCAUAUAG